AUGUCAGCUCACUUAGGUUCUGUUUUUCGACACAGAUUUCGUUUUAGUGGCAAACACCAUCCUCAUCACCACAAAUUGAGGAGAGCCUUGAAUCUUCGUUAUUAUGAAGCUUACUUAACAUUCUUAUAUAUUGGAAUUAAAACUUUGUUUCUAGCUAAUGUUUCAAUGCAGAUGUUUUUAAUGAAUUGGUUUCUCCAAACAAGCAAUUAUCGUUAUUAUGGUUUUGGCGUUUUGGAAGACUUGAUUUCCGGAAGGGCUUGGAGCGAUUCUGGAAACUUCCCUAGAAUUACCUAUUGUGAUAUGGAUGUUCGUGUACUCGGAGCAAUUCAAAGGCACACAGUACAAUGUGUUUUGGUUAUUAAUAUCUUCAUCGAGAAAUUUUUUAUUCUUCUUUGGAUUUGGUAUUCACUGUUAUUCAUCCUCACAAUUAUUAGCCUUUUUAAGUGGAUACUUUGUUCUUUUCCUUUUGAAGCAAGGAAAAGAUUUAUUGCUCGUCGCCUAGAAUUAGCAGAUAUUGAAUUUAAACGAAUAAAUUAUGAACCUGAACUUACCGAGUUUGUUCGAGAUUAUAUCAAAAUGGAUGGGGUAUUUAUGCUAAGAAUGUUAACUAUCCAUUCUGGCAUUUUGGUAUGUACUGAAGUUGUUGAUUCCAUGUGGGAAGAGUUUAACAGGAGUAGUAGCCGUUUACAACGAGCCCAUCUACUUGCCUCAAGUCCUCAAAAUUCUUCAGUGUCACUUAUCAGACCGUCAGAUGAACUCCAACCAUUACAAACAUCUAAACACGUUUCUAAUGCUAUUCAACAAAAUUUUAAGCGAAAAACUAGUGUUCUAGUACCUCUAGUUAGUGCACAACCAAACGGUGUACAUCAUAGCGGCUUCUUCUUCCAAUCCGUAAUGACGCAUUCUCCAAGCUUCUCACAACAACACCAAACGCAUACAAGCAGUAGUACUGCUGCAGCACAAUAUGCAACGGGUGCGGGAAUUUCUGCAGCAACAAACAAUGCUACGAAUAUAAUUAUGCCUCCUCCCCCAAGGCAAAUAAUAUAA